CCCACAACACCAGACAACCCCCUUAAUCGAUAGCCCAGAAUAAACGAUCACGAUGUACUGUCGCAUACCCCUCGCUUAGAUGGCUUCGAACACCACGUCCGUCUGUCUUGAUCUCAGAAAGUUUCCCAGUCUCCGGUUCUCGAUCUUGGUCUCCUCUUUCGCUCUUCGCCCGACUUAACCCCUGCCUUUUCCCUCGAACCCCCCAUCCACUGUACCCGGCAGCCAGAGAAUGGACGAUCCAGCCGACUCGAGUUGGAACUGGCCCUUCUGGAAAUUCGGGCUGAAGAAGGACGACCUCUUCGGCACCCUGCACGAUCAGUACAACACGGUCCCCUCACCUAUUCUCGACCCCGAGGCGUUCCACCACGAUGUCUACGAGAUUUCACAACAAGCCACCUCCGUUGGCGAGUUCCACCGUCUCCUCAGCGACCGCAAGCAGCAGCGUUUGCGCGAGUUAAAUGAGACUCUCGAGUCGGCGGCAUUCGAGAUCAUCGCCAACCCUUCUCUCAUCGGUACCGAGCAGUGGCAGCACGCCGUCCAGCUCUUCCGUACCAAGUCACUGGACUCACUCGUCCGCUACUACGCAUCGUAUCUUCCAUCGGACCACCCAUGGUAUAAGCCAUCCGAUUCUGGCUCGGUUUCGGAGACGGAUAGCAAUGCUCCAUCUCUGACCGACUCUCACGGCUCCUUCUUUGAGGAUGAGGAAGUUCCCAUCAUGGACGAGCCGUUUGAGUAUCCGAGCUACCCUAAGCAGGUGCUUGCUGCGUCCCCUCGGUCGAUGACCAUGUGCUCCGACUCUUCUAUCGCCUCGCCGAUUGACGACUCGCACCAUGCCUUCGACUUUGGCCAUUCGGCACCCUCCCGCGCGCUCUCCUUCUCGGAAUCCGAGCCGGAUUGCUGUGCGGCACCUGGACGCUGCGAUUGCGAGCACAGGGAACCUAAAGCGGCGACGAUCUCCAAGACAAUCGCCAAUGGUGUUGAGAAGGACGACGACUCAACUCCUCAAACUGAAUCACCCAAGAGAAUCACAUCUCUCACCACAUCCGACAUCGCAGACUCCGAGACACCAACGCCCAAACCCGAGGCGCAUCCGGCGUCCUUCUUCCUCGAUAUGAAACCACCCCUCGCGCACCGCCGGCACCGAAGUCUCUCGCCAUCGCGACCACAUCAUCCCCUGUCGGAGCGCGACCUCGACCAGGUACUCACUGCCCACCGCGAUCCGCGCCACCCGCAGCGUGCGAGGCUCAGCCGGAGGGAGAGAGAGUGCAGUCCGGCGACGGUGCACAGGAGGAGAAGAGGGAGCCCGGUGCUGGAGCCGACCAAGAGGAUACACAAGCCCUUGCCAGAGACUGCCCGGUCAAGACCGAGGGGCCGCAAAUGGGCGGCCGAGAGCUAGCACUGACGGCGUUUGGCUUGGCGUGGCGUUCAGGAGGCUUGGUGUUGGUGGUUGGGCCUACCGAUACCCUCUGUACAUAUGUCCUGUUUGUACAUAUCUGCUUUUGCUUGUUUAUGACGGUAAUGCUUCCACCCCUGUACCCUGGCGUUCUGUGGUGUUGUGCAUGAGUGAAGCUAUUCGCAUUCUCUCGGCCUCACGGUUUGCCUUCCCGGCUGCCGUCCGUUUCUCUUGGGUUCCCAACGCCAUUGGUUGCUUUCCUGACCA